UUUUAUCCUCUUCUCCUCUCCGCCCGAAAACCCUCGCCUGCAUCCUCCCCCACUCCCGUUUCACUUCCCACUCCGCCCAAAGCCUCGCUUAUCUCCCUCUACCUCCUGGUUUUGCUCAAAACCAUCGCCUUUGUAAACGAACCUUCGCGAUAAAGCCGCCAUUAGAGCUAGUUGGAAGGCAACGACGGGAUCGGGGCUAACAGAGACCACUGAAACCCCUAUCUUUCUCAGACUCCUACCAUAAACCAUAGGAAGGUUGUAUUUGGAUUUCUUAUGGCAACUUCAUCCCCAUCUCCCUCUGCCAAGGUUGGCGAAUCGUUGAUAGCCACUGCAACUGUAAAUGGUAAUCUCAAGUCCGUAACAUUUGACACCCCCAAGCAGAACCUUAGAGGGCUUAACAAGCCUAAAUGCACCAAAUGUGGCAACGUUGCUCGUUCAAGAUGCCCAUUCCAGUCUUGUAAGAGUUGUUGUGCUAAAGCUCAGAAUCCAUGCCCUAUUCAUGUACUCAAACAGAAUAGCACAUUACCGGACAAGCCUCCAUCUUCUAUGAUUGCUUCAUUUGAGCCGCCGCCCACUGAUGCUCCUUCAAGUGGGGCUUCUUGGAGAUUGACUUCUCUUCGACAGCUUUCCACUGCUGUUGCUAAUUCUCUAAGAGGAAGGAAGGCUCUUACAAGAAAGACUCUUUUUGCUGGUAAGGACGCCAUUAACAUAAACAAAUGGAGGUUUUCAAAGCUGAGGGAGCAUAUCCAUGGGAACAUCGAAGUAGAGAACGAAGCUUUUGAGAGAUAUCUGUACAAUGCUAGCUUGCUGGAGGAGACAUUCUCAACAAGUGAUGACCCGUCCACAGUGGAAGACAUAUCAGAGGACAGGAUUCAGAAGCUGGUCGCAUUAAUGAAAGUAAAGCUAAAGUUUAAUCCCCGAAGAGUAGAUACGAUGAGGAAGAGGAUAAGGAACCUGGUGAAUGAAAAGUUGAGGACGUUGCAGGAAAGGGAGCAUAUCAGCGAUGAAGUUGGGGUUUCAGCAAAUGAUGAUGAAUUAGAUGCUUAUAGGGAGCUGAAAAGGCCAAAAAAGUUGGAUAAGAGUGUAGCAGAGAAAACCAUGGAGGCUGAUGAUCUGAUUGAUAGGAUGAGCAAGGCUCGCACAACGGAUGAUCUCAUAUCCUGCAUUGAAACGAAGAAUCAAUUGUUUGGCCAUUCACAGAAUGAUCAGCCUGUGAUGAAGAAGAAGGAAUCUGAGAGUGCUGUAGAUUUAUCUGUUGCUCUGCCGAAGCUAUGCACAGUAGUUGGUGUCAAUCAAGACGUAAUCUCUGGAAUCGACGUUCGAAUUUCGUCUGCAUCUCAGUUAGUGGAACUAUGAUACAAGUUACAAUUUGGAGUGUGAAACCUGUAUAAUGCGAGUUGUAUUACUAUAAUUUUCUUUGCUGGCAAUUCUCCACAGGAGACUCCCAUAAUCCAAGCUCAUAAAUUUUCUUUUAAUAAUUUCCAACUAACACUAAUUGUUCUGUUUAGAGUAAGCAAGGUCUCUUUAACUUGUCUCUUAGGCCAUUUCGUGCAAUUUUGUCUUUCUUUUUGAAAUAUGAGUGCAGCUUCUU